GGAGGAGGAGCGUCACACAGGAAGAUAUCACCGCUGUCAAACGCGCCGCUAUGUACCUCUCUCAGAUCUGGCACACGUUGGCUUUCUUUUAUUUGCCGUUUUUAGGGAUCGAUGCAGAUUUCAAAACGCGAACCGGACCGAAAGUCACGGACAAGGUGUUUUUUGACAUCACUGUAGGAGGACAUGAGGUCGGCAGGAUUGUCAUCGGUCUGUUCGGGGAGGUCGUGCCCGUUACCGUGCAGAACUUUGUGGCGCUCGCUACAGGAGAGAAAGGUUACGGCUAUAAGGGCAGCAAGUUCCAUCGUGUGAUCAAAGACUUCAUGAUCCAGGGAGGAGACAUCACAGCUGGAGACGGAACAGGAGGUAGAAGUAUUUACGGUCACACGUUCGCUGAUGAGAACUUCAGACUGAAGCAUCUGGGUGCAGGGUGGGUCAGUAUGGCGAACGCCGGACCCGACACCAACGGCUCUCAGUUCUUCAUCACACUGGCCAGAGCUCCGUGGCUGGACAACAAACACGUGGUGUUCGGUAAAGUUCUGGAGGGAAUGUCGGUCGUUCACACCGUCGAACUUCAGGACACAAACGAGAGGAAUCUGCCGUACACCGAGUGUGUGAUCAUCAACAGCGGACGCAUUAAAGUCAAAGAGCCCUUCGUAGUAGAAGUGGAGGGCUGGUAACAUCAGGCACGUGUUCUCGUUGUUAACACGCGUGUACUGCACGCGUCAGGGUUUCACACGUGUCAUUAAUGAUCAUCUCUACGUCUAUGCAGACACUUUUCUACACUUACAUACCUCACCAUAUCAAAUCACAGAAUCUGUAUUCUCACGGGGUCAUUCACACCGCAUGUGCUGCUUUCUUGUGCAGUUGCCAAAUGUUUGUAUGUAAAAAAACCAGUCCUAAUUUACCCAGAUUCACUCAUAUUCAUCCCAUUUCAUACGCGUGUGAAAUGUAAAAGUGCUCUGUCCAUGUGUAUGUGUUCGUGUUUUAAGAUCCUCAAGAGAUUUCUCUGCUAUAUCAGAAUAAAGAACUUUAAUCCUGAGUGAGUUUGUGAUGUAAUGUGACGUGACGGCUCACACAUUUUCUGAUGGUUUGACUUUGAGUUUAAAUCACGAUGUGAACACAGCGCGAUUUGUUCAUCUCACCUGCGUUUCAUGUUGCGAUGAUCAGGACAGAAACACUGAAAGGUCAAACAGCAGAAG